AGUGGCAAGAGAGUACGCUCAAUAAUCUGGUGGCUAUUGACCGCUCCGGCCUGCCGAUUCGCUAUUUUCUGAAUCCAUCAACAUUCCCAGACCUCCCACAACCAACAGUAAAUAAAAUGGCUUCAUCAGUUCGUCAAGCUGCAGAGCAAUACUAUAAAGUAAACACCAUUCCAGGUUGUGUAAAUCCAGAUUCCAAAAACUUCAACUUUCAGGCAAAUGUAGAUGAUGCAUCUUGUGAGGGUCCAGUCACCAAUCUUAGCUUUGGUGGCAUUUUCCAACGAUGCACUGCACUGACAUCAGAUGGAAAUGCUAUCUGUGAUGAAACCGCACAGAAAAACCCAGCUACUGGUGAUUAUUCUUGCCCUCAGCAGUACAACACCACCCUAUUACGCUCUGAGACAGUAGAACGAGGCUAUAAUCACUAUGAAUGCCACAGCCACUGCCACAAAUGUGGUUUCUUAUGGUUGAGUACUUGUUGUGACCAAACAUGUGGUGAUGCUUACCGUGUCCGUCGUGCAAAAGUUGAAACUUACUGGUGUUCCACAACUCAGAAGACCCCCGAGUACUCUGGAUACCUUUUUGGAGGUCUGUUUGGACCAGGCAUGCAAAACCCACUGACCAAAUCUAAUAGCUGUCCUCCAAACUACUUUACCCAACACUUUUUGUCUAAUGGCAUGAUGGUUUGUCUGAGCAAUGAUUAUGAGGCCGGAACAAGAUUCUCUGUGCCUUUUGCUGGUUUCUUCAGCUGUCAAUCUGGCAACCCUCUGUCAAAUGGUGAAUCUCGCUGUCCACCUCAGUUCAGCCAACAUCUUGCUUCCAUUAGUGAUGGUUGUCAGAUAUUGUACUGUGUCCAGUCUGGUGUCUUCACUGGUGGUCAGUUAAAGCCUAUCCGCCUCCCACCAUUCACAAAACCACCAAUGGUCAGCAUGAUUGCAACAAACACAGUAGCUGUAAUGACAGAAGGUGAUCGUUCUUGGGUGAGAGUUGGAGAAACUAAGAUGUGGAGACUGGCAUAGCCUGGUGAAAUUAAUCAAAUGGCAUCAAUGUUUAACACAUCAUCUUCUCAGAUGUCUGGAGGAGAAAAGGCUGGUGUAGCCAUUGGUGUAAUGGUUCUGGUUGCUCUUGUGGUUGCAGGAACGGUGUUUAUAAUGAAA